UGCGACUCGUCUGGUUUGCAUCGGCACUGCUCGGCAUCCACCACCCGCACCCGCAGACCGCCCCGCAGAGCCAAGCCAUGAUCAUGGGCACCCCCGCACCAGCCCCGGUCCCCGUCCCGACCUUCCCGGACGGCGGGCUCUACACCUGGUCGCAGUCCAACGACCAGGUCGUCAUUGCCUUCCCUGUCUCGCGCGAUCUGACAUCGAGCAUGGUCAAAAUCACCUUCAGCGAUAAGGCCCUCCUCUGCGUGAUCGAGGGCGAGCCACAGCCCAGAGUCAAGGGCCAGCUGUUCCGGCCCAUCAAGCGCAACGACUCGAUCUGGCAGCUGGAGAAGAGCCAAAAGAACGGCAACCAGCUUCUGACCAUCCACCUCGAGAAGGCCCAUGAGGGCGUGACUUGGCCGAUGGUCGUCACUGCCGGCCUGUACUCGGAGCUCGAUAUGGACCCGCAUUCGAUGUACAUCUUGGCCUCGCUCACCCAGGGCGAGAGCGAAGUCUCUCAGAACUGUCUGGAUCUCUUCACCAAAGCCGCUGAGCUGGACUCGAUCCCGGCGCAGCUCAAGCUCGCUGCCUGGUAUGAGAUCGGUCAGGAAGAGAGUCCCUCGAUCCCCUUCCGGCAGGAUCGCGAGCGGUCGCUGCUCUGGCACACCCGCGCUGCUCAGCUCGGCAAUUCGGAAGCCUGCUACAUUGUCGGCACCGUCCAUGUGCAGGGCACCCAUGGCGCAUCAAAGUCGUAUAGCGCCGGCCUCGAGUGGUUCAACCGCUGUAUUGUCUCGGAUCCCUUCCUGGCAGACACCCAGCCCAACAUCUUUGUCGCAGCUGCCUUCCAGUCGGGCCUUUUGCUGAUGGAGGGCGGCAACGGCCUCGGCGAUCCUGAUCCGGCCCGUGCCGCCGGCUUCUGGCAAAAGACCUCCAAAAUGGGCCACCCUCAGUCGGCCUGGAACCUCGGCAUCUUCUACCUGAAUGGCUUCGGCGUCGAACAGGACAUUCGCGAGGCCGUCCGGCUCAUCACCAUCGCCAUGUCUCUCGACCCAAACCUUGCUCUGCCUCCACAGCUGCAGUCGCUUCAGCCAUCGAGUCUGCCGACGCUUGUCCGUGUUGCCGAGGAAGCCAAGGCGACGGGCAUCAAGCCCGAUCUCGACUCGCUCGUCUCGACCGUCCUGGCGCGCGAGAUUGUUGCAAGUGCAGGUGGACAGGCCGGCGAGACGGCCGCGCUGCAUAGCCAGCCGCUGACCACUGCCGAGCGCAAAAGAGCCACAGAACAGACUCAGUUUUGGCUCUCGGUCGCCACCGGCGUUGCGGCUGUCGCUGUCGGCAGCUUUAUCUUGUUCCGCUACCGACAACCGAUUGUGUCAGCCCUUGGUUUGGGCUCCAAGACCAACUAGAACAUGUCCUCGAAGCGGCCACGAUGCCCAUGUGCAGUCCAACCGCACAUAAUCAUGUGCUUGUCGCACCGCAACUGCUGGACCGGUGUGUACCUGCUCGCGAGCCAAACCUGAUCUGCUCGAUCGGACUCUGUCAAUCCGUCCAGUUUCCCGACGCUUGGCUUAUUUGGACAAGUUGAUUCGAUGGUCUGUGUCGCCGGCCGUGGACUUGCAUGGCCGGCUCGGAACGAAUGUCGCCCUCCCGCCAAACUCGCCAAUGCGGACCCUCUGCGCCGCUCUCUCCUUUGAAUUGUCACAAUCUUUUACAUCGUUCCCAAAACGAAACGGGACACCCUGUUUUGAACCAGGGCGUCGUUUUCUGGGACCUGAAUACACCCACCCACCCAUUGCAUCUAUGGUCAAA